AUGGCUGUGUACGACACUCGUUUCAAGCUGAACACAGGCGCGGAGAUCCCCGCCUUAGGACUCGGAACAUGGCAGUCGAAGAAAGGAGAGGUCGAGAGGGCGGUCAGCCACGCCAUCUCGGUGGGAUACAGACACAUCGAUACUGCCUUCUGCUACCAGAACGAGACGGAGGUCGGCAACGGCCUGAAGGAGGCAUUGGAGUCUGGAAAAGUCAAGCGCGAGGAUCUGUUUGUGACCACCAAGCUGUGGUGCACAUAUCACAGCCGAGUUGAGGAGGCCCUGGACAUGAGCUUGAAAAACCUCGGCCUGGACUAUGUGGAUUUGUACCUGAUGCACUGGCCCUUGGCCAUGAACCCCGAGGGCAACCACCACCUCUUCCCCAAGCACCCCGACGGCUCACGCGACCUUGUCCGCUCCCACUCCCACAUCACCACCUGGAAGAGCAUGGAGAAGCUCCUGGCCACUGGCAAAGUCAAGGCAAUCGGCGUCUCCAACUACAGCAAGAGAUAUCUCGAGGAGCUUCUCCCCGCGGUCGACGUCGUCCCUGCCGUCAACCAGAUCGAGAAUCACCCCUCCCUCCCCCAGCAGGAGAUCGUCGACUUCUGCAACGAGAAGGGCAUCCACAUCACCGCCUACAGCCCUCUGGGCAGCACCGGCAGUCCCCUAUUCACAGCAGCGCCCAUCGUAGAGGUCGCCAACAAGAGGGGCGUCAGCCCCGCGAGCGUCCUGCUCAGCUGGCACAUUGCCCGUGGCUCGUCCGUGCUCGCCAAAUCCGUCACGCCUGCUCGUAUCGACGAGAACCGCACCAGUCUGAUCCGGCUGGAUGACGAGGAUAUGGCUAUUAUUUCCAAGUAUACGGACGAACUGGCCGAGAAGAAGGCCUUCCAGCGCUUUGUCUAUCCUCCAUUCGGCGUCGACUUUGGCUUCCCCGAUAAGUCGUAA